CUUCAUUAUCUACAGCAGGGCAAGGUACUGCUACUUAAGGAGGGAUAAAAGAAGAAACAGAGGAGAGGGGGAUAAAAGGAGGUUUGGAGAAAGAGAAAAACUUAUACAGAGAGAGAGAAACAAAGACAAGGGAAACAGACAGCGAGAGAGAAGAAGUGAAAAAAGGCAAAAAAGAAGAUACUUUGAGAAAACCCCGACAAAAUCAGAGGUGAAGUGUGGAAAAAGGGAGGGAGGAGAGGAAAGGAUUGUGGUGACUUGUGGACCAAAGAGGCAGAGAAAUAAAAGACGAGUGUCGAGAAAAGAAAAAGAGGGGGAAAGAGAGCGGCACUCUAUAGAACCAAGAGAAAGCAAGAAAGAGAGAGCGUGACAGACAGCUGGCCCAGGAACAACAGAUAAAGAUGCAUGCCUUCCUGUUACUUGGCUGCUUUGUCCUUGCUGCGACAGAGUACUUCCUUGGCUCUGCCCACAUGAUCCCUGAUGAGAGACUUUCCACCAACAGAGUUGUUGUAUCUAACGCUCUGACUCAAAACCUUGAGAUAGGCUCACCUCCUGUAGUUAUUGUAGAGUUGCCUAAAUCAGCUAAGAAGAACAAGAAAACAAAGAAACAAAAAAAGAACAAAUUCAGCGUGAAGAAGCGCCCUCCUCCUCCUGCUGACUGCAUUCCCUUGUGGGGAAGCUGUAAAUCUCCAGGCAAUGUGUGCUGUGAUUUCUGUGCCUUUUGCCAGUGUCGGCUCUUCAAAACUGUCUGUAUCUGCCGAAUGGGCAACCCUCGCUGCUGAACAGCCAGCUGCAGCCCAAACCAGCUCCAAGCUAACAGAACAAAACUUCAUGCUAAAGCAAACCACUUGCGUGAACACUGUGAGAAGUGAAUCAUUUCUAGUGCUUGGUUAACUUUGCCUAAAAUACAUUUCAUAAAAGCACUUUAUCACAAAGAACUGCAUCACAGUGAACUUUCCUAAAACUUACAGGGUUUACUGCUUAUAGCACUGUAAGAAAAAAUCACAAAUAAAAGUUUAAAAUAAACUUUUAGCACGCAUAAAGAGGAUAUAGUUGCUCAAACUAUUUUAUAUAUUGCUUUACUUUUACAUAAAUGUGCAGUAGCAUACUUUAAUUACAAUGAGUAUCAAAUAUUUUAUGAAGCCAUGUAUGAAUUAAGUUGUUACACAACCUUUUAUAAAAAGUGUUAUUGUUUUAUUUGUGUCUAUACGACAGGACCAAUUUCAAGUAUUUUAUUUAAUCUUAGCUGUUGACUUGGAUCUCCACCAAAGUGUUAUACUGUAAAACUUUGAUUAAUAGCCCGGGCUUUUAUUUACUAAAAUCACUGAUUUGACCCUGCCUAUAUUUGGGACAGACGUCCAUAUAGGACAGGCCUUUAAUUCCUCUUGCACAAA